AUGGCGCCCGAACCAGACCACCUCCGAGGCACACACGGUGACAGCGACGACGACGCAGUAUUCGCCGCACUUGAAAACGAAGACGACACCAGCUACCGAGACCAGCGAAUCCAGCAACUGAACGCCGAGUUCGCGUCGAACAAAACCAACCGCGACGCGGCAUCGCGGGCCGCGGGGGCGACGAUCGACCACCAAAAGACAUACCCCACGCUAGACAGCGACCAGGCUGUACUGGACUUUACGACCGAGACGACACGGUGUAUCGUGCACUUUGCGCACCCGGAUUUUGCGCGGUGCGCGGUGAUGGAUGCGCGGAUGGAGGAGCUGGCGGGGCGGCAUUACGAUGUUCGGUUUGCGCGCGUGGACGUGCGGCACACGCCGUUCAUUGCCGAGAAGCUGAGUAUCCGCGUCUUGCCGUGUGUGAUUGGGUUCCGGGAUGGGGUGGGCGUGGAACGUAUCGUGGGGUUUGAAGGGCUUGGGGCGCGUGGGCUGGACGGCGCCGAGGGUUUCGACGUCGCUGUGCUUGAGAAGCGGUUCCUUUUCAAGGGGGUGUUGGUGCAGGCCAAGUUCUCGACGGCUGAAGAUGCUGAGGAUCGACACUCGGACGACAGCGAGAGUGAUGAGGGUAGAAGAAGGCCAAGGGGCGCGAGGAAAGCCAUUCGGAGUGGCACUGCUCGACUGCGCAACCGCGAUGAUGACGACGAUGAUGAUUGGGACUAA